GGCGCUCUGCUCGUUGGCCGUCCUUGGGGUUCCGCGGCUGUACGGCGAAGGUUCCGGCCUUCUCUUUCUUCUCCCCCCACCGCAGGUUACGGUGAUCCCGGGGCGGGGCGGUCUGCACCGGGGCCUCGCCGGGAGCCCCCGGGACCUGAGGGGGGGCUGCCGGUGGGGCCCUGCCGCCACCCCGGCUGGGGCGUGAGGUAGCGCCCGGGCCCGCCGCCAUGCUGAGCUGGGGCGUGAGGCGAACGCUGGAGCCCGAGGGACAGGGAUUUUAGUUUAAGCCGUGCCCUGUCACGAUGAGUUUGCUGCUGCCCCAACUGACUUGUAAGAGAGAGGUGGAUCAGGCAAUAAAAAGCGUGGCUGAGAAGGUUUUGGUUCUGCGGUUCGGAAGAGAUAGCGAUGCUGUUUGUCUGCAGCUCGAUGAUAUUCUUGCAAAGACAGCUCAUGACCUAAGUAAAAUGGCAGUCAUUUACCUGGUGGAUGUGAACAAGGUUCCAGUGUACACCCAGUAUUUUGACAUCAGUUAUAUUCCAUCUACUGUAUUUUUCUUCAAUGGACAACACAUGAAGGUUGAUUAUGGGUCUCCAGAUCAUACCAAAUUUGUAGGAAGCUUCAAAACAAAGCAAGACUUUAUAGAUCUGAUUGAGGUGAUUUACCGUGGAGCAAUGCGUGGAAAGCUCAUUGUGAGAAGUCCUAUUGACCCCAAUAACAUUCCUAAAUACGACCUUCUCUACCAAGGAAUUUAAUAGUCUGACCUGAGGUAAAGAAUUACAAAACUGGCUUAUGUUCUAGAUCCUGUUUUCUCUUCAAGCAUUUUUAGCCACCUCUGACGCCGUGGGACAGUUUGAGAAUUUAUGUUGAAGGAUCAUAUUGGUCUCCUUCCAAAGACAGACAUUCUGUCACUUCAUACUUCUCUUGUAAAUAAAGCUGCACGUUCACGCAUAGAAUUCAUGCAAGUGACUGUUCUUUGAGUUGCAUGCUGACCAACACCUACAAAACAGUCAGGUUGUAUGCAUCCUCAAUGAUGACACCUCCAGUGUAGCUUUCUUAAGUGAACUAAGGCACUCUAUACUCUAUUAAUUGUCUAUUUAGUACCGUUUUCACUCAGAUGUAAUAACAGUAAAUGUGUCUUUAUUUAAAAAGCUAUGCAUGCUCCCAGGAGCAUUCCACUGACUGUGUCUUUCCAAUGGACUUUUAUACUUUCACCCAUUAUGGGAUAACAUGGUGGAAGCUUUUUCAAAGAGUAGUAGAGAUGUCUGAAAUGGAUAUAAACACAAAAGGGAAGCUGAUGUUCUCUUUUCUCUGGUACCCAGUAUUACUGUUCAACAAUUUCUUUUGACUGAUACGGCAACUCAAGGUAUAGGACAAUGUUUUGUCAUCUUUUAAAAAUCUUGCAGCCACUGAGCACUUUUAAUUCCUACAGGAUUACACUGGAAAUUCAGAAUAAUGAUUUUGUUUACAUUUGCUUUAAAGGUUAUUUGACCUUCUGCUCAUAUAAAUAGCAAACCUUGAGUAGGGACAUUUAAAAACUGUCUCUUUCCCACCUCUGUCUAAAAUCAAACAGCCGGGAGAAAACAGCAAGGUCAUUUUUUUGCAUCAGUUUGGUAGUUACAGGUUGCUAGGAUAUUGUAUUUCUGUAGCAGCUCAUGCCCAGUAACCUCACUGGCUUUGGUAGCUUUAAAAUGGAAAUGGCUUUAGCUCACUGUAUCAUGUUUGGGGCAUACCGUCUCUGACUGGAGGGAACGUGGUAGUAUGUAGUUCCCUGAAGCAUCAUUCAACUUAAAAGUAAACAUCAUCUCGGAGGAAGUUAGAUGUUCCAGGUCUUGAAAGAUUUUAAACACUAUAUGGUGUACAGUGGGGAGGAAAUAAAUCUUUUUACAUGCUUUUUGUGUUCCA